AUGAGGCCUGCGAUUGAUUUCAGCAUCAACCAACUAACGAGAUCGGCUUCAGUGCAAUCGCUACCAAAUCGUGGAAUGAUUGGCGACUUCCGCUACAUUCCGAUGGUGCAGCCACCAGAUCCUGGAGAAACCCCUGUGGAAAGAAAUGUCGUGCAGAAGAAAAAAGUGCCUGAUCUGUCGCUUAUCAAAGAAGAGCCUGAGGAGGGCCAAUCUCUGCAGGAAGGGUCACCGCGUACCACACGUCCUACCAAGCGUAAUCAAUGGCCAGAAGAUGCUUUUGGGAAGAAAAUGGACACAAUUUCUGAAGACGAUAAGGAGAACAAUGUGAGCAAACAGAGCCGCACCAAUGAAACCGAACUACUUGUGCAAUCAUGCGAUGAAGAACUUCUUGCGCAGGGACUCUAUGAUUACAGGUGA